AUGUCUUCGAGAAGUCAUGCAAGGCAUCCACACAUUCAUAAAUUGGCAGCAUUAAUUACAUUCGGAGAAUGUGUUUUCAAUUUAAGCUAUAAAUUAUAUUACAACUAUUUGAAGCGUAAAAUUGAUGUGAAAAUGAUUUCUUUCUCCUCCCUCUUCGUUGAAGAUGAUCUCACUGGGAUGAGAAAUGUUAAGGUGGAAAAUGAAAAUCCAAAUUUAAUGUCACAACGCUUAAAUUAUUGUCAAGCUAGUGUUACAUAA